UCUCUUCAUGAAUGGACGCCUCAUCCUCAGGUAUGACUCCUGCCUCCUAACUCUCAACUGCGCCCCAUCAGCAGCAACAGCCACUACUUCUUUUGCCGUAGCCGGUUGGUCCGCGGUUGGAUGGAACAAACGGAGAGCAGCCAAAGGAACAACAGUGUUUUACUCGAAGUGUGAACUGACUGAGAAGUGAUCGAGAAAAUCCUCCGCUAUGGCGACGAUAAGAGAUUUCGACCCCGUCAACUCCACGGUACCUGCGACAAAGAUUGAAGUCACAGUUUCUUGCAGAAGCACUGGUAACAAAGCCUGACUACACAUAUUGACCAAAGGACGAAGCAACUUGGUGAGAAGUCAACGUAAAUAAACCUGCUUGACAUGGACACCUUCUCCAAGUCGGAUCCAGUGGUGGUGCUGUACAUUCAAGGCCUGGGGACCAAGGAGUGGAGGGAGUUUGGCCGGACAGAAGUUAUUGAUAACACACUGAACCCGGACUUUGUGAGGAAGUUUGUGCUUGAUUACUUCUUUGAAGAGAAACAGAACCUUCGCUUUGACGUGUACAACGUGGAUACAAGGAGCUCCAACCUUUCAAAACAUAAGGACUUUCUUGGUCAGACGUUCUGCACGUUGGGGGAGAUCAUUGGUUCAACUGGCAGCAGACUGGAGAGGACGCUCUCUGGAAUUCCUGGGAAGAAGUGUGGAACCAUCAUCUUUACAGCCGAGGAGCUCAGUAACUGUCGGGACAUCGCCACCAUGCAGUUCUGUGCCAACAAGCUGGAUAAGAAGGAUUUCUUUGGGAAGUCCGACCCGUUCCUUGUCUUCUACCGCAGCAAUGAGGACGGGACAUUUACUAUCUGCCACAAGACUGAGGUGAUCAAGAACAACCUAAACCCUGUUUGGCAGCCAUUCACCAUCCCUGUUCGAGCUCUUUGCAACGGUGACUAUGACAGGACAGUCAAGGUGGAUGUGUACGACUGGGACCGAGACGGGAGCCAUGACUUUAUUGGAGAGUUUACCACCAGCUACAGAGAAUUAUCCAGAGGUCAAAGCCAGUUUAAUGUCUAUGAGGUUUUGAAUCCAAAAAAGAAAGGCAAGAAGAAGAAAUACAUCAAUUCAGGAACGGUGACGUUGUUGUCUUUCAAGGUGGAAUCAGAAUAUACAUUUGUUGAUUUCAUCAGAGGAGGAACACAACUCAACUUCACUGUGGCCAUUGACUUCACAGCCUCCAACGGCAAUCCCUCCCAGCCCACCUCGCUGCACUACAUGAGUCCGUACCAGAUGAACACGUAUGCCAUGGCUCUGAAAGCAGUGGGUGAGAUCAUCCAGGACUACGACAGUGACAAACUUUUCCCAGCAUAUGGCUUUGGAGCAAAGCUUCCCCCAGAUGGAAAGAUCUCUCAUGCUUUCCCACUGAACUCAAUCCCAGAAAACCCAAACUGCGUGGGGAUCGAAGGUGUCCUAGAAGCGUAUUUUCAGAGCCUGCGGAGUGUUCAGCUGUACGGCCCAACCAACUUUGCUACUGUCAUUACCCAGGUGGCUCGAUGUGCUGCGGAAGUGACUGACGGCUCCCAGUACUUUGUGCUGCUGAUGAUCACGGAUGGCGUCAUCUCAGACAUGGCUCAGACCAAAGAGGCUGUGGUCAACGCAGCCUCUCUGCCUAUGUCCAUCAUCAUUGUAGGAGUCGGCCCGGCCGAGUUUGAUGCUAUGGAGGAGCUGGAUGGAGACGAGGUCCGAGUGUCCUCCAGGGGACGCUUUGCUGAGAGGGACAUUGUCCAGUUCGUUCCUUUCCGGGACUACAUCGACCGUUCAGGGAACCAAAUCCUGAGCAUGGCCCGCUUAGCCAAGGACGUCCUGGCAGAAAUCCCCGACCAGCUGCUUUCCUUCAUGAAGAGUCGGGGGAUCGAGCCACGUCCUCCUCUACCUGCCACCUCUGACUCCCCGUCAAUGUCCACUGCCACCAAGACGACUGAAUCCACUAAAUCCACUAAAACCACUGCUCCUGCUCCCAAAAAGCACGCAAGGAAAUGAGGGCACAAGAGACAUGCAGUGGUCUCUGGGGGGUGGGUUGUAUCUGUGUUUGAGUGUAUAUGUGUAUCACAUCAGGAUCAGGGUCACAGGAUCGUUUCCACAGUAAACAACUGCUAGAAACAGCAGACACCUACCAGAAGGAACUACAUUCCAUGCUUGAAAGCUAAACACAAACAAAAGGCAGCAAGUUGAUACUCACUGGUAGCGUCCGACCGGUGGACACGAGUUCCUUUUAUAGCUUUUUGAAAAUGAAUGGACAGCUAUGUUGAUGAUAUUGUAAUGUUGUUAAAUGAAGGAUUGUAAAUGCUAUACAUUUCGAGGCCUCAGACAUGGGGGGAGGUGCUGGCGGGCCCCUCCGGAAGGAAGGAAAUAUGAAGGCCAUAAAAUUGGUGUGAGAUAGAGAACAGACUGGAACGCCCUGCACUCCAGCACCUCCACCUGAUUAUUUCAGCCCUGGGUACAGAGCUGAAUGUGUGUGUCCCUCGCUUCUAAACUCUCUAACUCUCUCAGCUGAGGCUGUUGCUAGGAAUGCAGGCGAGUGUCUCUAGUUCUUACUGCUGUCUGAAACAUGUACCACUUUAAAACUAAAAUACUCUCUGUCCAGGGCCGGUCUUGGCCAAGUUGGCGCCCUAGGCAAGAUCAUGAUUUUACGCCCUCUACUCACCACCUUUACGCACCCCCCCCCCUCCCAGCUUGCAAUAGCAACUAUGCGCCCCCCACCAGGCUCACAAACGUGAUUUUGGACAGGACGGGAACAAUUGUUUUGUGAUCUGGGCAAGAUCGUGAUUUUGCGCCCUUCUCCUCAGCUCCGGGCAUGUUUACGCUCGUUUACGUUUACGCCCUAAGCGACUGCCUCGUUCGCCUAUGCCCAGAGCCGACCCUGCUGUGUCUGUCCAUCUGAUCCAUCCAGGUCCAGUUUCCUUCAGUGGCAAAUCAACAUUUGACCUUCUGUCCAAUUUGACUGACUAGCUGUGGUUGCAAGACGUGUGGAAGUCCUUUGCAUUCAAAUGCUCAUGCACAAUCUGUCACCCUUUAUAAUCCACCUCCACUGUUCUUACCCAGGCAGCUGCACAUCAUUCACUCCUAAGCUUAGAAGGCUCCACGGAGACACGGCCCAGCACAGUGGAGUUCCCCCCCUCCUCAUGUUGGUCAUUUGAAUGCUAAAGGCUUAACAGGCCACAGCAUACAUGCACCUGCUACCCCAGUCAGUGAGAGGGAAAGAAACCACCAAACACAACCUCUGAGACACUUUAUAUGUAGCAGUCAUGUUACCGGGCAUGUUUGUCACACCACACAGUUGUUCUGAUUUUUAUUUGUUGUGUAUAAAUGAGUCAAGCAAAGUGAACUAGUGCCUGACUGGAAAUGCAAUAAGCGACUUUUACUGUACGUACACUCCUAAGAUAAAGCUGUGCAGUUUCAUUCAAUGUUUUUAGUCUUUGACACUUGUUUUAGCAAAUAACUGAAGAGAGAGAGACACAGCUGGACAGGUUCUAAUCUAAUAAUAAUCAAAAUGGAAUGGCCUGCAUUACUGAACUCACGCCUGUAUUGUAUCGGAAAGGAAAUGGAUAUGUGGCCUUAUUUCUGUCAUAAUGCUCCCAGUGUGUGUGAUGGAAGACUCUAUUUUUAUAUAACAACACAGGAAAUAUGUUAUUCUGCAUGCUUAUGGCUGACAUGCUGCCAAUGAUUGUACCUGUUCAGUAUCUUUAUUCAUACUUGAAAACGACGUCCAUCUGUAGACAUAUGGUGACUUGUGACUGUGACUUUUUUCCAUUUCCACUAUCAUGUACAACAUAUUUAAAAGGAACUGCCAGCGUAAUAUACAAAAAACGUGUAGAGAUAGACCAGUGGUAGGGUAGAUUUAUAUUACUCAAUGUUUGAACAUGCAUGCGUGUGGUUCGGGCAACACGUACAGAACCCAAAGUCUUUAACAGAACCUAUCGGCUAUUUUUGUAUGAGGCAUGUUUAACUUUCGAUGCAGUGUUUACAUAGUUUAAUAGUUACUUACACCAACAAUGUGUGUUCUCCUUUUUCCCCAGUUUGGUGUAUUCUGUACAUACUAGGUUAUUGUAGGACAAAUGUAAAUACAUUUAAAGUGUACAGAAUAUUUGUGAAUGGUCUUCCUUCCGACUUCUUUCUGGUACACGUGUUGGUCAGAACUGACAUUGUCACUGUUUUCUGCAGCAUCUUUCACUCUGGAACCAAAUAAAGGUAUUUAAGGCUCA